CAGGCAACAGCGGCAGCAGAAUGGUGGCCUGGCCAACAACCGACAGCAAAAAGGAAGCAAUUUCAGGCUAAAUUUAGUUUAAAUGCCUACCCCUUCGCUCCCGACUGGCUAACUGACUGACUGACUGUCGUCGUCGCCGACUUUUUGCAGGAAUAUGCCGCCUGCUGUACAGUGUGUGCUCGCUUUUAGAGCCGCUGCUGCUGCCGGCUGGCAUUAUGCUUAGUUUGGAAUUCAAUUAACUUGAAUUUGUUGCACUGGCGCGACGUGAUUUCAUUUUUCCCGAUGCACUUUUCAAAGCACCAGUCCUCGCUCCGAUGAUUGUUUUUUAUGGAAGCUAAUGAGUGCUAGCUCCGUUGGCGCAGCUCGAUUUCAACAAUUACGAGAGCGUUUUGUGCCCAUUGCUAAAAGAAAUGGAUUAUAAUUGUGCACGAGAAAAACUAAUGUUUUCCAUGUUUUAUUUUUCGUUUUGCAGCACAAAAAAAAAAUUGAGCUUUUUACAAUUGCUCAUGAAAAAAUAAUGGCAUAGGUGAUAAAGAAAUAACACGGCUAUUAAACCGUUGUUAAUUGAAAGCGAAAAUAAUAGAAAGUUAAUUUAAAUAAAAUGGCUGAACUAAGAGUGUCAUAAAAUAUUUAUUCUCAUAUAUUGUUAGGUUGAGCAAUCGGACAGGAAAAUGGACCAAUGGACCCUUGUAACAUAUCUGUUUGUGGUCAAUGUUUUUCAAACCGCCUUCGUGGAUGGGGACAAAAUUAAGGAUAUGUGCCUCGAAAAGGUGGGAUUGACCCCCGAAGAGCUUAGAGCCCGGCAUCGGACGGAAAUUCCAAACCCCAAUGUCAAGUGUUUCUUGAAAUGCUUUCUUGAGAACAUUGGAGUUAUCGCUGGCAAUGCGAUUAUACCUGGUGGGUUUGCCAAGGUUCUAGGCCCCUUAGUUACCGAUGAAGCCGUUGAGCGAAUGGAAACCGAGUGCCACGUGGUCGAGGCGGAUCCAAAUGAAGAGGACCCUUGUGAAUUCGCCUGGCUUAUGUCUUCGUGCUACGAAAGAUUGACUUUAUCAGACCUUCGGCAAAAGCUGUGAGCGAAACGACGCAGGACAAAAACGCGACGGAGAAGGCGCACGGGGUAGUGAUGCUUACUAACUUAUAAGAAAACGAGUUCUAGUAUCUUGUAACAAUUUCUUUUUACC